AUGGCCAGCGCCGCCGUGUCCCAGCUCCAGCAAUGGACUUUUGAGAAGCCCACCGUACGCUCCAGUACUCUCAACUCCGUUUCGAGUGCCAAAUUGGACGACGCCUCGGACACCCUCAGGAUAGAUACUACUGCCGUCGAGAAGCCCAGUGCCAUCUGCAAGAAAGAGAACAUUUGCCUCCAGGAACGAUACAUGUCCAGCGAAGAGGGCCUCUCACCAGCAGACAUGGCCUCGGACUCGGAAUCAGAGUACGACUACGACGAUGUCGUCAUCCACGACAUCACCAGGGAGUGCCAGAAGGCAAGGACGCUGUCAGUAUCGAGGUGGAACAAGGGACAGUCUUGUGACAUGGCAGUCCGCGUGUCGUAUGCCUUUGCUGGCCGACCAAAGGUUAUUGAGCUCGCCACGGUUGCUCCUCCAUGCCCACCUGUGCAGCAGCGUGCAGUCUCGGUUGCCCACCUCCCCGUCACAGCCAUCAGCAAGCUCAGGAAAGCAGACCAGGCCCAGCGCAUGUCACUGACCGUCACUACCACCAACACUCGCCCCCUCUCACCUCCUGCCAGCCGCUCGGUUUCGCCGUCCAUCAACUUCGAUACUCGACGACCAUCCACAAGCCAUUCGCCUCUCACCAAGAAGCUCAGCACGCUUGAACUGUCGAGUUCCGCAUCCACCACAUCUACCAUCCAGACCGGUAACUCAAGUCGUAGUGUUACACCUGUCAACGAUGCUUCAUUUCGACCAGGUAGCGCGACUGCCGAGUCAUCUAGCUCGGGUCGUUCCUCCGUUUACGUACCCUCGAUUUCUCGCAGCGACCUGCACCGAAUCCAGACUUCACAGGCGCAGUUCCGACAGUCACACAUUGCACCACUGACACCGGUAUCGCCCGCGAGCCACGCCUUUCUCAACACGGAUCCUUUUGGAAAUCAGAGCGCCGACAACGUCGCUAAGCCUGCGCCACACAGACGACUACGGUCCAUCUCCAUGAAACUUGCCCUAGCUAGGAUUGCCAUCUCACCAUCAUCGAGAAAGCACAGCGCACAGAUCAACGGCCAAGCGCCGCCAACACCAAGCUCUCCAUUCACGCCUCUCACACCACAGACGGCGCCUCUUGAAGGCAUGUCGUCCUACUUCCCGGGCCCAGUUCCCAACAAGCUACGACGCGCGUCCACUAUCCUGCGACCAAAGUCUCGUCACGCAGAGUCAGUUAGAGGCCCUUCGCCGGAGAUGCCUCCGAUCCCCUCUUUCACCUCGAAUUCGUCGUUCAACCGGCAAUCAAGAAUGGUUGCUCGCGGCGCAAACGAGAGGGCACCUACGCUUGAGAUUCCUUCUUUCGAUGACCUGGAGGAUCCCAUGGCUAGCAUCAAAGCCAAGCGUCUUAGGAAGAGGAAGUCGCUAAUGAGCCUGAUGUAA